ACGGACCGCGGUCCCAGCGCUCCCUCAGGCGCCUCGCUGUGCCCACUCCGGGAACCGGAAACAGGAAGCGCCAAGCGCCCGCUGGGCCUCAGCUCCUCCCACUGGACCCCGCGGCAUGUGACCACGGAGUCAUCGCAUCUCUCUCCCUGGCCCCUUCUCCGCAGACUGGACGCUGAUUGGGCAGUACCAAGGGGCGUGUGUUUCCACCCGUGUCCCAAGUGAAGUGCCAGCUUUUCGAACCGCCUUCUGCCAUCGGGGUGCCACUUCGGGCCGCUCGGCUCAGGCGUCUCCGUCACGUGCGGUCACGCGCUACGCUCGCUCCCCGAGUCGCCUGCUGCUCCCCAAGUGCAGAAUGACUUCGGUGAGCAGCGAAGAGCGCCUUCUCCCAGGUCCUCUCUUUCUUACGUGGCAAUAGCUCUGGGGCUUCUGACAGCAAUUCUCAUGAGUGUGCUGCUGUACCAGUGGAUUCUGUGCUGGGACUCCAACGACUCCCCUUGUGCCAGUUGUCCCAGCUGCCCAGACCGCUGGAUGAAGUACGGUGACCAUUGUUAUUACUUCUCCGGGGAGAAAAAGGACUGGAAUUCCAGUCUGGAAUUCUGCUUCGCCAAAGAUUCGCAUCUCCUUAUGCUUCAGGAUAGUCAUGAAAUGAGCCUCUUCAAAACUUUCCUCAGUAACGAUUUUCACUGGGUUGGUCUGAGGAGAAAAUCUGACUGGAGGUGGGAAGAUGGAUCAGUCCUAAACUUUUCCAGCGUUGUUUCCAACAGCUUGGUACAGAUGUGUGGGGCUAUGAACAAAGAUGGUCUCCAAGCCUCGAGCUGUGAAGCUCUUUUACAAUGGAUCUGUAAGAAGACGAGAUUUUAAUGGAUGCUUACUCUAGUCUGACCCUCAGGACUGUAUUCUAGCUUGUUUUAAAAUGGGGGAGCUGACCAUUGGUGAUUGGGAUAACCAUGAAUUUAUACGUAAUGAAUGCUGACUGUCUAGUAGAUGGUAUGAAAAGUAAGAUUAAUUUAGCCUCUUAGGAAUGGAUGCUUUCCUGCUGACUCUCUUUGAGACUAUAUUGUAUUAUUGUAGUGCUAGGGAUUGAACUGUGUCCUCCCUAACUUAAAUGUAGAUCGCAAAACCUAAAUGUAUGUUGUAAUGCUUGUGGUUAAAUCCCAUUUGGGAAUGGAGUGUCUUUGUUACAUUAAUGAGGCAAGAUAACUGAGCCCAUCUCUUAUCAAAUAUAUAAAUAAGACAUCAGGAUAAACAGGUAAACCGAGAUGGAGGAAAGAGAGAUGGCAAAGCACACGAAGAUGUGAAGUCAAAAGACCUGCCUACAGAGAUGGCAGAGACGAGAAAGACUUCCCCAAGAGGGGUCCCCUGAAUUCAAACUUCCUGUUUCCUACACUGAGAGCAAAUAAAUUUCUGCUUGUUAAAACCA